ACUGUGGAAGUCAUUGAGCUCCAUGACAGCCCAGUGACAACUGAGGAGGAUAAUGAACAGAGUGAGGGGGAGGAAGCAAGCUCCGGAGAGAAAAAGAGGGAGGCAGAGGAAGCGAGUGAAAGUCAUGCAAAGGCAGAAAGGAAUGCAAAGAGAAAGAGUAAGGCAGAGGAAGAGCAAGAGGCAGAGAAAGAGAGCAAGGCACAGAAGAGGAGUGAGGCAAAGAAAGGUAAAACACAUGAGAGUCAGGCAGAAGAAGAGGAAGAGAGUGAGGCAGAAGAAGAGAAAGAGAGUGAGGCAGAAGAAGAGAAAGAGCGUCAGGCAGAGGAAGAGGAUGAGGCAGCGAAAGAUAAUGCGUCACAGGGAGAGGGUGAGGAAGAGGCAGAAAAAGAGUGUGAUGAAGAGGUGGAGGUAGAGAAGGAAUCUCCAGACAACCAAUUAGGCCUAGAAGAGGAAGGGGAGGAAAUGCUCAAAAGCUUGGAGGACCUGAUGUGUUCGGUUUUGCGUUUCUUUCGCGAUGCAUACCGUGAUCGAAAACCCUUGACUGCUAACCCGCCACGGUUGGAUGACGACCUUGAGAAGCACGCGCUUGAACUGGAGCGAAAGCUUUCCAGCUCAUUUGCAAACGACCGCUGCCACGAUAUCCGAAAGGCUCAAAAGGUUGUAAGAAAGGCGAUAAAGAAUGGUGAGGCUGAUCCAAACAAAGAAGGUGAUGAGGUUGAAGAGGUUGAAGACUGCGAUCGCGAGUAUAGAGACAACCAGAGUGAGGAGGAUAGGGAAGCGAAGGGGGAGGUUCCCAAGCGUGGCCGUGGCCGUGGCCGCGGCCGCGGCCGUGGCCGUGGCUGCUCACGCGGCAAAGGCCGAGGUCGAGGUCGUGGCCGUGCAGGUUCUCAGAAGGGUCAGAUCAAGGAGAAAACGAAGCCAACCAAAAAGAAAGAGGAAAAGGUGCAGGUGAAGAAACGGUCAAGGCAGGCCGAGGCCGAGGAGAAGGAGACAACAAAGGGGAAUGCAUCAAAAAAGAAGAAGGAGGCACUCCCCGAAGAUUCCGUGGAGGCA